GAGUCUGGGGCUGGUAUUGAGCCAUGGGGCUCCUGCACAAAGAUUUUGGGAGAAGGGUGAUGCAGGCUGGAUUUAGGUUUCGGAGUCAAUUACGGGCCUUUGAAGGACUGGGAAAUCAUUUGGGAACAGUGCAGUAGCCUAUAGGAUGCAUAUGGUGCUACUGAGAGGUUGAAUGGGCUGAUGGGGGCUGAGAGUGAGCCUGGAGGUUGCUUGUGGGCCCAUUAGGAGGUGCCAAAGGGGCCUUUCGGGUGAAUUUGAAGGGCUGCUAACGGGGCUCUUGGGGUCUGGGAGCUGGCUGGGGGGAGCUGGCAGAUGCACUGAGCCCAGCUCUCUGCCCACAGCUGCCGGUGACUUUCAGGGAUGUCUUUGUGGAGUUCAGCAGGGACGAGUGGGCCCUCCUGGAUGAUGAGCAGAAGGAGCUGCAUCGGAGCGUAAUGCAGAGCAACUGUGAAAUGCUGGUGUCCCUGUGUAUGCAUCCGUGCUGGUUUGGCAUUUGCCAUCACUAUCUGGGCUGCUCUCUCUGGGUUGCUUUCCUUUACCUCUCACUGGGAUCUCUAGCCCCAAACAUCAGCUCUAACUCUCUGGGAACAAGUGGAGGCUGUCGGGCUCAGGAGGGGGUAGAAAGUACUCAGUGUCUUCUCCUUGUGGAGAGCUGGGAUGCCGUCCUCUCUGAGCUGCCAUACAAAUUCUCACUGCCAAGAUCUCUGUCAGGUUUCCUGUUUGUAUCCCAUGAUGUCGUAUGGUAUGGAAUAUCUCUCUCUGGCCUUUAGGUUCUGUCCCCUCCCAGCUCCUCAUGCCACUCAGCCCACUUGCUGGCAGGACAGUAUGAGAAGCUGAGAAACCCAAAUGUCUGCACAGCACUGCUCAGCUACAACGGAAACAUCAUUGUGUUACCAACACUGGUUUUCUCCUAAGGCCAAAGCAUGGCAUCGCAGCAGACACAAGGACAAAAUCAGCUCUGUCCAACCUGAAACCCUCAUGCUUGUCAUUAAUUCUACCCAGUGCUGAGAUGAAGGGAGCAGUGGGCUUGGAUUUUCCUGCAGCUGGUGUCCACUUAGCAUCUCGUGAGCUCACCUCCACGUGCAGCCCAGAUUGUGACCUAGCCAAGCCUGAAGUCUUAUUGCAGAUGGAAAGAGAAGAGCCAUGCGUACCAGCAGAACCAGACCUGGAGGGCACAGCAGUGUCCAUGAAGCCGGCUGCAGAGCCCGACGGUCCAGCCUGUGUGAGUGGUGAAGCCCUGCUGCAGGUGGAGACAGAGCAGUCUCCUAAGGGGAGACGCAGGAGCCUGGAGGACAGCAGGAGCCCAUCGGGUGCACCUGACAGUAGUGCACAUGAGUGUCUGGCGAGUCCACCAAAGCAAGGGAGUCCUGGCUGUGUCUCACCUGAGGUCAUAAUCCCCACCUCUGCCCUUGUAGCACAAGUUCCUCAGGAAGCCAUAGGAGCUCCAGCAGACCUCAGCCACCUGGCUACCUCCCCUCCCAGCCCCAUCCCCACGUGCUGCCAGGAAGUGCUGACCCUGAGCCUGCCUCCAUCUCUUCCUCCCGCAGCAGGUGCCGACGCGGGGAUCCCAGGAGAGGUCCUGCAGGAGCGGAUGGGAGCUGAGAAGGGUCUGCCAAAGGAGGACUUGAAAGGUGCAGGGAACAGUGGCCAGUAUCUGGCAGCAGAUGCUCCUGAAGAGCCGAGCAGGGAGGAGAUGCCAGACCUUUGCCAAACAGCAGCACACGUGGAGCCCAGCGGCUCGGCUGAUCUGCUGGGAAGGCCAGAGGAGAGCGUGGGCAGAACCGCUGCCUGCCAGCGAAACUCCUCCCGAGAGAAGUUCUACAGGUGCGUGGUGUGCGGGAAGAACUUCCUGCUCAAGAUCAACCUCGUCAUCCACCAGAAGAGCCACAGCAACUGGGUGCCGUACGUCUGCAUCGAAUGCAACCAGGCCUUCAUGUCCAAAAAGAAAAUCCGGCGUCACCUGCGGAUCCGGGCGGCCACGGGGUUCUGCCCACCCUCCGACACCGAGGGGGGCUCCGGCCUGGCGCCCUGUAGGGCCGCCCAGCCCCACACCCAGGUCAGCAGCACCAGGGAGCAGUGGGAGAAGCCCAACCCCAACCGGUUCCCACUGUCUCCUCAGAAAAUUACAUAUACGUGUACCGAAUGCAUGGAGAACUUCUCCAGCCAGAACUUUCUGGUGCUGCACCAGAGGACGCACGCUGACCGGCAUCACUUCACCCUGUGUCUCUGCUGCAAUAGGAGCUUUGUCUGGGCCUCCGAGUUCGUCUGCCACAGCCAGAGCGAUGCGGGCAGGAAGGGUUACUGGUGCAGCGAGUGCCAGAAAGCCUACAAGCGGCUCCACCGCCCAUGAGGGCACCAGAAGACCGAUGUGAGAAGGGAGAGCCCACGUGAGUGCAGCAGCAAACUGCCUCUGCACACUGAGCCUGUGUAGGUGAGGGUGAGAGGAGGGCGAGGGGGGCACUUCUGGGGAUCGGGCUGCUGCCGGCCCUUCUCUCUCCAUCCUCGGCCGUGGGCUCUGGGCGUUGUGGCUGGAGCUCAUCCCACCCUGCCCGGCAUCCACAGCUGCCUGCUCCUCUUCCUUAGGGUGGAAGGAGCGGCUGUGAGGAGCUGGUCUGGGGCUCUGGCUGUGGGAAUCAGGUUCCUCCCCACAGCUGCGUGUAGUUCUGCUGUGCUGCUGCUGGGAAACCUCCAGCUGUGGCACCUGUAUACGGACACCCUCCAGCACAUCCGUGUCCCACUGCAGCAUCCCAUGUCUGUGCUGUUCAUGGAGCUCCUGCGGGUCCUGCUCUGCCCUGGGCUCUACCCCUGCCUGGCUGCCAAGCUGGGGGCAUUUUAGAGCCGCGAGGGGAAGAAUUUGGGGGUAAAAUGGUGGAAUUGGAGGUAGCGCUCCGUGUGGGGUGGGCGCUGCUGGUGGGCAGCGAGGGAACGAGAGUGGGUUUUGUUGGAAAAUAACGUGUGUUGGAAAAUAACGUGGGGAGGGGUUCCCUGUGCCUUAUUGGUGGGGGCUGUGCUGUGGGGCAGGCCGGUUAAUUGGUUAAUUAAACCAGUCCUGGGAA